GGCCGGAGCGCACAGGGGGCGGGCAGAGGCGGGGCCGCGGCGCCCUUAUCCCGGGCGCGGGCGGCCGGGGUUCAGAGUGCGGGCCGCGGAGCGGGCAGCGCGGUCUCGGCAUGGGUCCGCGCGCUGGGCCUGCGCGGGCGAUGCCGCCCCGGUCCUCCCUGACGCCUGACGCCGAGUGUCGCCGCCCCGAUGGCCGCCGAGCCCCCAGCGCUGCGCCUGCGGCCGCCGGGAAGCACCGGAGACAGCCCGCCGGUGCCGCGCCUGCUCGGAGGCUGCGUGCCGCUGUCGCAUCAGGUGGCUGGCCACAUGUACGGCAAGGACAAAGUGGGCAUACUCCAGCACCCAGAUGGUACAGUUCUGAAACAGCUACAGCCACCGCCACGGGGCCCAAGAGAGCUGGAAUUUUAUACCAUGGUUUACGCUGCUGACUGUGCCGAUGCUGUUCUCCUGGAGCUGCGAAAACACCUGCCCAAAUACUACGGCGUCUGGUCCCCUCCCACCGCACCAAACGCAGAUGUGUACCUAAAACUGGAAGAUGUGACUCAUAAGUUUAACAAACCCUGUAUAAUGGACGUGAAGAUUGGGCGGAAGAGCUACGACCCCUUUGCGUCAUCAGAGAAGAUUCAGCAGCAGGUCAGCAAGUACCCUCUGAUGGAGGAGAUCGGGUUCCUGGUGCUCGGCAUGAGGGUUUAUCAUCUUCACUCUGACAGCUACGAGACACAAAACCAGCACUAUGGAAGAGGCCUAACGAAAGAGACCCUGAAGGAAGGCGUCUCCAAGUUUUUCCACAAUGGCUUCUGUUUAAGAAAAGAUGCGAUUGCCGCCAGUAUUCAGAAGGUAGAGAAGAUUCUCCAGUGGUUUGAAAAUCAGAAGCAGCUUAACUUUUACGCAAGUUCUUUACUGUUUGUUUAUGAAGGUUCAUCUCAGCCAGCUACUACAAAAGCAAACGAUAGAACUUUGGCGGGGAGGUUUCUCUCCAAAGGACCCCUGACGGAUGCGGACGGCCUGGAGUGCAAUAACAACUUCCACCUGUUCGGCGCCCCGCCCAACGGGAUGUCGGUGGGCAAGAGCUUAUCGAAGGCGUACUCGAGGCACAGAAAGCUGUAUGCAAAAAAGCACCAGAGUCAGACUUCCCUGAAAGUCGAAACGCUGGAGCAAGACAACGGGUGGAGAAGCAUGUCCCAGGAACACUUAAACGGAAACGUGCUUGCCCAACUGGAAAAGGUGUUCUACCACCUUCCCGCGGGUCGUCCGGAGAUCCCGGAAGCGGAAGUACGGAUGAUAGACUUUGCUCACGUGUUCCCUAGCAACACAGUCGAUGAGGGGUAUGUUUACGGUCUGAAGCAUCUAAUUGCCGUGCUUCGGAGUAUUUUAGACAGUUGAGUCUUGCUGCAGUCUGUGAAGGAGCGGGCCAAUCACCAUGGAGAGCUGCAGGCGUUAGCCGAGCACCUGUACUGCUCUGUAAAAAAUUUGUAUUGUGAGUCAGCGUUUUAUUUGUCUUUAUACUUUUGGUAGAUGGUUAACUUUUUUAUAUUCUUACUCAGGAAUACUAAUUUGUUCAUUAGAAAACUAUGAAGAAUAAAGAAAAAGGAAUGUCGAGCAGGGAGUGUGUGGAACACGGAGCAAACAGCUGUAACACUCGCAAAUCAUUACGCAGUCAUUUAGAGGUCACAUAGCUUUCUGUAGCCAGUCACCAUGAAAUCUGUCCACCCAACCUUGCCAGUGAGCCGACCCUAAACUAUGACUUUAUCAGACCAUCCUAAGAUCUAGAAAGGUCCCUAAAACUGGAGAAGAUUUUACACGGAAACGAGGCUCUGUGGGUUCUAUAUUAAAGGCAGAGUGCAGCGCAGCGAAUGAAAGAAAGGUGCUUAAGCCAGCAGGGCUCCCUCCCGGUCCUGUCUGCUCUGUGCUGAGCAUCAUGGGAAGGGGAGUGUCAGGUGGCCGGCAGCAGCUAACAGCACAAAUUUUCCUCCCUAGGGUCAAGAGAAGAGAGAUAUUUGUAAAGAACAUAUUACCCUUUUCUUUCUUUUGUUUUAAAGAAUUUCAUUUAUGGAAAAGUCUUCAUUUACUAUGUUGUGAAAGCUGUCAUAAAACACCCUCUUUUUAUUACCAGUGAGGCUCCCGAGAGGUGAAUGGUGGAAACUUUGUUUUAUCUCUUCUUUAAUUUUUGAGAGUCUUCCAUUUUAGAAAAUCCAUUCUUUAAAAUGUAUCCCCAUUGACUUUUUAAGCCUUAGCAUAAACAUUAUCUCUCAGAAUUUGGUUAAGCAUCCACAGAACGCUGUGCCCAGUGCACUGGAGGAACCCUGCUUAGGUCUCACAACAGAACGCUGUGCCCAGUGCACUGGAGGAACCCUGCUUAGGUCUCACAACAGAACGUUGUGCCCAGUGCACUGGAGGAACCCUGCUUAGGUCUCACUCCCGUGGUGUCUAACAGAGAGGUCCUAGUUAAUUUCACUCGGAGCAACAGGCAGGCAACUUUUCCUUGAAAAAAAAGAUAUUUAUAAGUGUCAUGUUUAUUUUACCACUACCACCUUUUUCAAAGCUGUCGUUAAAGUGUUUUCAAAACUGAAAUUAAAUUUGCAAAUCUUUUUGCUGUGCUUGCUUGCCCUUUGACCCGCUGAUGUGAUAAAAUAACUGAACAGCUUGUCCUUUUUAGACAAGCUUUGAGUCACGACCUGACCUUUUUUUCCUUUUCACCUCUUUUUUCCUUGAGGUUUACAAAUCAAACUGCAAAAUCCAAGAACCAUUUUCUGUAAUGUGGAGGAACUUUUACAGUCCAAAUGUAGUUUGCAAAUGCCCACGCUCAAAUGUGAGCCGGAAAGGAAUGGGUCAUUAACCAGAGUGGGUCUGGUUAACGUGCCUUUUAGGGGUUUUCUCUGGGAGGCUGCAGGUGUUCUCAGACCUGCAAGAACGACACAUUCUCUGCCCAGGUGUGGACUGGCUAUACCUAUUUUUGUUUCUCUCAUUUUGUGGGAGUGAAUUUUAAGUGAUAAUUAUUAGAAAACUUUCAGUUUGACUGUUUUUCUUACAAUAUUGACUUGUUAUCUGGGUGUGAUUCAGGAACUCUCAAGCCCAUCUGCUGAACACUAUUUUGGCUCUUAAGAGGCAGUUUGAGAUGGUAUCAGCCUAUAUAUGAGGAAUUGGGAAACUUGAGUAUUCGAAGCUUUGGGCACACUUCAGCUUAGUAAAGUCUCUGAUCUACAGCUGUUUCAAACAUUUCGGAAGCCAGCAUCCUGCCUUUUCGACAAGUAGGUUUUGUCUGAAUAAAACAGGAAGUGAUUCUUCCCCCUGCUUCUCAGGGAAGGGGUGAGCAUCCAGUUCUUCUCGUUUACAGUUUCCCAACUGCUGGCCACUUUGUGUUACUUUGUGCUCCUUGAUGCCAUGAUCAACAUGUUCGUGAUGUAAGCAACCUGUGGUGGGUGUUUCCCGGUCUGUCCUGUCUUUAAAAAUGAUGCUGAGAUUUGCCACUUUGGGGAAGAGGCAUCUGUCACUAACCAUGCAUAUGUGAACACACGGAUAUUUAAGAAAUGAGCAAAUGAGGAGGUGGUUUGAACUGGUGGUGAUGCUAGCCGCCCCCUCUUAGCCCCCCCAACAUGAUUUGAGUGUGUUCCUUAUGGGAUGCACUCAUGGAAAGGACUUGUGGGUGUGAAUACAUUUCUCAAAUAAAAGUUUAAAUUGUAAAAUAGUUUUAUAAUAAAGUAUUUACAUUAAUUAUUUUAAUAUGGAUGGAAGUUGCAUAAAUUAUAAUUGUGAACUAUUUAGUCUUUCAAGAGAGUUUUGAAAAAUGUAUGUAAGUGGCUCUGAUGGCUGUGGUGUUAAAUUAGUAUGCGAUGCUUUGUUCUGUGUGUUUGGAGGGGGCUGGGCACUCUACCUGUCCACACUACAGACAGACAGUUACUGCGGGCCGAGUGAGAACCGAUUCCUGAAUGCCUGCCGGCGUCCUGUGAUGCAGUUGCCCGAGAUCUCCACAGUGUUGCCCUCGCUGUCAGGCCUCUGAACUGUCGAAUUUAUAACAUUUGGGGGGAAAUGAAUUUCUAUAAUUACCUCUGUUGCAAUCUUUUUAUUGCUGUUAGGAUUUGGAAUGUGUAGGCAGGAGGAAGGGCUGAACUGGGAACUGACUGGCUCUGACUGUUAAUACCACUCCCCUUGAGGUCUGAUGUCCAGACGUGCUUGGUUGAACCAGCCGUUUACACAGCUGUCCUUCUCUUGCAGACCCUCAACCGACCGUGGCUUUUGUGUAUCCAUAGCUUCCGUUGCCCUUUGUCUUGCCCCCUACAAUGGUUCAGUUACCCAGAAACAUCAAGUCCCUUUUAAGAAUAGUCCAUUUGGUUACUCUCAGGGUAGUGUCUGGGGGCCUUGGCCUCUCAGUUCACUCAGACUCAAGUCUGCACCUCACCAAGUAUUUUCAACCCCUCUCCCUGACGUGUGCGUUGGUGAAGCAGUCAGGACUGAUCGUCUCCAGCACCCUGUCUAGGUGGAGAGGCUCACGAGGACGACUUUAAAACAGAGACACACCAACACCUGUAUUUCAAGCUGUUAAAGCUAGUGUUUGGGUAAAGAUGAAGUGCUAAGUAUUGAGCUACAACAGAGGCAGAUGAUUGGGGGCUGAGAUCAAGGGAACCGCUGACUCUCCAGCUGGGGCAGUUACAGACAGCCUAAAACAGCCUGAAAAAGAGCGCUCUUAAGACAUGCUUGUAAAGGUACAUUCAGCCGUCGCCUUUGGAAUAAUAAAUAGCACAGUGUGACUAUGGUUGCUCCUCGCUGGUGCAAACCUUUUAAAUCUCAAGUUUUCAGAUUGCUGGGAUUUCAGACUUGUCAGCGGACAUGAAGGUAUUUCUUGACUUCAGAGCAACUCUGUUGUUAUAACAUCCAAUACUGAUAUCUGGAGACAGAUUCAGCCUCUUGGCUGUCGAUAGUGUGUCUUCCCACUUGCUUCGAUAGCUUCUAUCAAAAACCACCAUGAUUCGUGCCAGUAAAUCAGACAGUCAAAUUAAAAAAAAACAAAAACAAAACCAAAAACAGUAGAAACGUGUGGUGUGGUGAAACUUUGGCCUGGUGUCCACUUAAAAGAUUAAAAGGUUAGUUAUUGAAGAUAGGGUUUCUGGUCCCCUGUAGCGAAAGGCACACAUAGACACUUGGCUGUGGGAUCUGUGGUGGAAGAUGGGAAAUCACACCCAGUUGUGUCCUUAGUAACAUCCAGGCAGCAGUGCCAGUCCCCGCCCCCUGUUACUUGAUGAAUGAAUGUAUCCCUGUACUUUGGUGGAAAUGUCUCUAGCUUUCUUUUUCUCAGUGUUUGUAAUUUGUACUAUUGAUGGGAUAGUCUUGGAGUGCAAGGCUCAUCACUGUGUUUGUAGAAUCAUCUAAUGUGAUAUACCAAUUUUUAUAAGCGAUAUUUAGAUAACUCUAAUAACUGUACAUUCAACAACUUAUUAAAAUGUUUUGCAUUGGAA